GAGGUGGGCAGAGGUGUGACUGACUGGACAGACAGACAGACAGACAGACAGAGGCAGAGCCAGCUGGGCAUUUGCCACAUCUUAUAUUUAUAUGGGGAUUUCAAAGCAGAGGGGGAGGAAAGCUCAAGUUCUAUAGCAGCAGUUCUUUUUUGUGUGUUGGUGCGUAAACGGGACAGAGUCGUUCUCCAAACUGUCAGUAGUUCUGCUACACUUUCAGGCUGAGGAGUUUAUUUGGAGGUAUAGUGUCCUGGCUGAACUUUUCUUUUUACCUCCGCAACAGUCCCUGCGGUGCUGCGGAUUACAAUGCAGAGGAUUUUGGAGGUUUGGGUCACUAUGGUGACACUUUCUGCGCUGACCAAAGGCGUCUUUGCGGGAUACGUGCUGAGCAUGUUUGCAGCGCAGUCCUCUCCUCCGGACCCGUGCUAUGAUGAGAACGGGAACCCGCGGAGGUGCAUCCCCGACUUCGUCAACUCCGCGUUUGGGAAGGACGUGCGCGUGUCCAGCACCUGCGGCAACCCGGCCGCCAGGUACUGCGUGGUCUCCGAGAAGGGGGAGGACAUGUCCAGGGACUGUCACACGUGCGACGCCGGGGAUCCCAAGAAGUCCCAUCCGCCCGCGUACCUGACUGACCUGAACAACCCUCACAACCUGACCUGCUGGCAGUCUGAAAACUACGUGCAGUACCCGCAGAACGUCACCCUCACUCUGUCCCUGGGUAAAAAGUUCGAGGUCACUUACGUGAGCCUGCAGUUCUGCUCACCCAGACCAGAAUCCAUGGCCAUCUACAAGUCCAUGGACUACGGUAAAACCUGGGUGCCGUUCCAGUUUUACUCCACGCAGUGUAAGAAGAUGUACAACAGGCAGAAUAAGGCAGCCAUCACCAAGCAGAACGAGCAGGAGGCCAUCUGCACGGACUCACACACGGACAUGCACCCGCUGACAGGUGGACUCAUCGCCUUCAGCACGCUGGACGGAAGACCGUCGGCGCACGACUUCGACAACUCCCCGGUGCUGCAGGACUGGGUGACGGCCACCGACAUCAAGGUGAUCUUCAGCCGCCUUCAUACCUUCGGAGACGAGAACGAGGACGACUCGGAGCUGGCGCGCGACUCCUACUUUUACGCGGUGUCGGACCUGCAGGUCGGCGGCCGGUGCAAGUGCAACGGCCACGCGUCCAAGUGCGUCAAGGACCGGGAAGGGAAUCUGGUCUGCGAGUGCAAACACAACACGGCGGGACCGGAGUGCGACAGGUGCAAGCCUUUCCACUAUGACCGGCCGUGGCAGCGCGCCACAGCCAGAGAGGCCAACGAGUGUGUGGCCUGCCACUGUAACCUGCACGCCCGCCGCUGCCGCUUCAACAUGGAGCUGUACAAGCUGUCAGGCCGGAGGAGCGGCGGCGUCUGUCUCAACUGCCGCCACAACACAGCCGGACGCCACUGUCACUACUGCAAAGAGGGUUACUACAGGGACAUGACCAAAGCCAUCUCUCACCGGAGAGCCUGCAAAGCGUGUGAUUGCCACCCGGUCGGAGCAGCGGGGAAGACGUGUAACCAGACAACGGGACAAUGCCCCUGCAAGGACGGAGUGACAGGAAUCACCUGCAACCGCUGUGCGAAGGGCUACCAGCAGAGCCGCUCUCCCAUCGCGCCGUGCAUCAAGAUCCCAGUUGCAUCUCCAACAGCAACUUACAGCAGCUACGAGGAGCCAUCAGAUUGCGACUCACACUGUAAAGCAUCCAAGGGAAAGAUGAAGAUCACCAUGAAGAAGUACUGUAAAAAGGACUAUGCUGUCCAAGUGCACGUUUUAAAGGGAGACAAAGCGGGCGAGUGGUGGAAGUUCACCGUCAACAUCAUAUCCGUCUACAAACAAGGUGAGAACCGCAUCCGCCGCGGCGACCAGCUGCUGUGGGUGCGCGCAAAAGACGUGGCCUGCAAGUGCCCCAAGAUCAAGCCCGGGAGGAAGUACCUACUCCUGGGCACAGACGACGACUCCCCCGGGCAGAGCGGCGUGGUGGCCGACAAGGGAAGCCUGCUCAUCCCGUGGAAGGACCUGUGGGGCCGCCGGCUGAGGAAGUUUCAACAGCGCGACAAGAGGGGGAAGUGCUAAAAGUAGCUGGAGAUGAGAGAAGGGAAGAGCAUAAGGGAGAGGUGAAGGCAAAACAAUACCUCUACUGGGAUGAAUGCAAGGAAGAGGAGAGGAUAGAUGAAUAAUAAUAAAUAAAAAAAUCAAUAAACUGGAAGAAUAAAAGAUAAAGAGACACAGGUGAAAAGUAGGAGAGAUGGGGAAUGACUGAGUGCUGCUGCUCUGAGUUGGAGCAAAGAGAUUAGUUGUUUUUUUUCUAGGAACUUUUGUGAAGGAGCUCAUUCUACAGUUGUUCAAUUUCUGUUUGUCUUUCAAGGUUUGUUUUAAUUUGCAGAGUUUGCACCUAAUGUUACAGAAAUGUCCCUUCCUUACUAUUUUACCCAUGAUGCUGUUGGUGUUUUUUUGUUGCCGUUUCUUUUUUUAAAGUCCCCCCUCAGUUCAGUUGUUUUAAAGAGCAAUGAAUCUACUGUAUCGACCUUGUGCUUCAGAGCAUCGACUUCACCUCCCUGUUUGAAAGCAUAGCACUGCAGGACUCCACUCGUGUAUGAUAAGUUCCUCUUGCAACCUGCCAAACUUUGAAGAAACCUUUAUUUUCACCAGCUGAAAGUAAAACAUUGUGAAAGUGUUUGUAACUGUGGAUAGAGUGCCAUUUUACCUGAGAGCCCUAUGCUCAUACGAGUGUUACCUCAGUGUUGUGGGAACAAAACUGCCAUUCUAUGAUCCUCUCCUUAUUCUGUAUAAUGACCUAUUUACAUGCAAGUCUUUUGUUCGGCGCUUAUCAGUGUACUGGCAGUAUGACGUGGCUGUGACCUCUCUGCAAUAUAAAGUAACCAUACGUGCAUACAUAGACAUUAUUUUUUAGUAGACGGUGCCGUAGCAUCAACUAGAUGUAGAGUAGACAUGUCAACCAUGCACUUAUUUUUACUAGUCAAAAGUUUUUUAGAACAUAUGAGAUAUGUUCAAUUAUAGAGUGGCAUCCAAAAAGAAAAAUAACCUCAUACUGUGUUAUAUCAUGCAAAAAGAAAAAAAAAAAAAGCUGUAUACGUUCAAAAACCCUGCUUUUCUUAAUGAUGAGUGUUGUGUACAGGCUGAUGUAUCUUAGUGGACAGUAAAGGCCUUAACAUACUUUAUUCUGUGUCUGCUGAGAGAGUAACGCACAUGUUCUCCAUCGAGUUCCAUUCACACUGUUCAAAGUAGGGCUGCACAAUAUCGGGAAAACAUGCGAUGUAGGUUAUUGGGACGGCGAUAUGACUUGUGAUGGAUAAAGAAAUACUUUAUAUACAACUGUAUUGUAUAGCUGUUUCAUUGUUAAAUGAGUUCACACAAUGCUGAUUAAGCCACACACCUCUCUCUAUGUGCUGCUUGCUACAGCAGUGUUACACACAGUAGACAGAUGGAAGCGACAGAAACAUCUGUGGUAGAGGAGUGAGACUGCUGCAGACGGGUUGGAGUAAGACUAAAAACACAAAGAAUGGUCCAUGAAAAGUCUAAAAAAAUAGCUCGCCCACCUCCUGCGCUGCCUCUGUAUACACACAAACACUCCCUGACAGUAUUGUAUGAAAAAGCACAUGUUGAAAUGGAGAACGCAGCAUACAAAAUAAUGUACAGUGUGUUACCGAGGCAGAAUAAUAACAUCAACAACAAGAACAAAUAAAUCACAAAGAGUUACGCACUGUAGCUUUAAAUUUAAGGCGUUAAUCUCCUCCUACUUUAGGUUCCCUGUUAACAUAGACCCAGACAGUAUUACUGAAAAAGCACCGUCUGCUUCUCUUAACCUCCGACUACUUCUUACAAAUCUGGAAACAAAAUUUUAAAUAAACGCAAAUCUACACUUUGUGCACUUCAAGCAGUCUUUGCGAUAUGCAUACAUCUUCUACGACGUGUAUAUUGCACGUGCUGAUCCUGUGAUGAUGGUACAUUCUCAGUAUAUUGUGCAGCCCUAAUCCAAAGCAGUCGCAGACAUUGCACACAGGAAGGAGUACCUCAUCCCACAUUCAAUUCCACUCCAUUCCUGUAGGGGCAGGGCACCAGGAGCAGAGGCUCUCUUCAACUUCAUUGUUGUCUGUUUUCUUGUUUGUCAAUCGUCAAACCAAGAAGGACUGGAAGAGGGAAUAGAUAUAUAUACACAU